GGGUGGCGAGCGCGGAGUAGACUCCCGUCAGGGCAGCUUCGCGGGGCUCUGUCGGCCGGGCUGGGGCUGUGCGUGGGGCGCCGCGAUGCCGACUACACAGCAGUCUCCUCAAGACGAGCAAGAGAAGCUCCUGGAUGAAGCAAUUCAGGCUGUUAAAGUCCAGUCCUUCCAAAUGAAGCGAUGUUUGGACAAGAACAAGUUAAUGGACGCCUUGAAACAUGCCUCGAAUAUGCUCGGUGAGCUACGGACUUCCAUGUUGUCUCCAAAGAGCUACUACGAACUCUACAUGGCCAUUUCCGAUGAGCUGCAUUACCUGGAGGUGUACUUGACCGACGAAUUCGCUAAGGGAAGGAAGGUGGCGGACCUGUAUGAGCUGGUCCAGUAUGCCGGAAACAUCAUCCCGCGGCUCUAUUUGCUCAUAACUGUUGGGGUUGUCUACGUGAAGUCCUUCCCUCAGUCCAGGAAAGAUAUCCUAAAAGACCUGGUGGAAAUGUGCCGUGGUGUCCAGCAUCCUCUGAGGGGCUUGUUUCUUCGCAACUACCUCCUGCAGUGCACAAGGAACAUCUUACCUGACGAUGGAGAGCAGACAGAUGAAGAGACCACGGGGGACAUCAGCGACUCCAUGGACUUUGUGCUGCUGAACUUUGCUGAGAUGAAUAAGCUCUGGGUGCGAAUGCAGCACCAAGGGCACAGCCGAGACCGCGAGAAGCGGGAGCGCGAGAGGCAGGAGCUGAGAAUCCUGGUGGGGACCAACUUGGUGCGCCUCAGCCAGCUGGAGGGCGUCAACGUGGAGAGGUACAAGCAGAUCGUCUUGACGGGCAUAUUGGAGCAAGUUGUAAACUGCAGGGAUGCAUUAGCUCAGGAAUAUCUCAUGGAAUGUAUCAUACAGGUCUUUCCAGAUGAAUUUCACCUCCAGACCUUGAAUCCUUUUCUACGAGCGUGUGCGGAGUUGCAUCAAAACGUGAAUGUGAAAAACAUAAUUAUUGCAUUAAUUGACAGGCUCGCGCUCUUUGCUCACCGAGAAGACGGACCGGGCAUCCCCGCAGAUAUUAAACUCUUUGAUAUUUUCUCCCAGCAAGUGGCCACUGUCAUCCAGUCUAGGCAAGACAUGCCUUCAGAGGACGUGGUCUCGCUGCAAGUGUCUCUCAUUAACCUGGCUAUGAAGUGCUACCCGGACCGUGUUGAUUACGUGGACAAAGUCUUGGAGACGACAGUGGAGAUCUUCAACAAGCUCAACCUGGAACAUAUCGCCACCAGCAGCGCCGUUUCAAAGGAGCUGACGAGGCUCUUGAAAAUCCCUGUGGACACCUACAACAACAUCCUUACCGUCCUGAAGCUGAAGCAUUUCCACCCGCUCUUUGAGUAUUUCGACUACGAAUCCAGGAAGAGCAUGAGCUGCUACGUGCUGAGCAACGUGCUGGAUUACAACACAGAAAUCGUCUCUCAAGACCAGGUGGACGCCAUUAUGAAUCUUGUCUCGACACUGAUCCAGGACCAGCCAGACCAGCCGACUGAAGAUCCGGACCCUGAAGAUUUUGCUGAUGAGCAGGGAUUGGUGGGGAGGUUUAUUCACCUCCUUCGUUCUGACGAUCCCAACCAACAGUAUUUGAUUUUAAACACUGCCCGGAAGCAUUUCGGUGCAGGUGGGAACCAGCGCAUCCGCUUCACGUUGCCGCCACUGGUUUUUGCCGCCUACCAGCUUGCGUUUCGCUACAAGGAGAAUUCUAAAGUGGAUGACAAAUGGGAAAAGAAAUGCCAGAAAAUCUUCACCUUUGCACACCAAACGAUCAGCGCGUUGAUCAAGGCUGAACUGGCAGAGCUUCCUCUUCGGCUGUUCCUCCAGGGGGCCUUGGCCGCGGGGGAAAUUGGGUUUGAAAACCAUGAAACGGUGGCCUAUGAGUUCAUGUCGCAGGCUUUCUCUCUGUACGAAGAUGAAAUCAGCGACUCCAAAGCACAGCUGGCCGCCAUCACCUUGAUAAUCGGGACGUUUGAGAGGAUGAAGUGCUUUGGCGAGGAGAACCACGAGCCCCUGAGGACGCAGUGCGCCCUGGCGGCCUCCAAGCUGCUGAAGAAGCCCGACCAGUGCCGGGCGGUCAGCACCUGUGCUCACCUCUUCUGGUCUGGCCGGAACACGGACAGGAAUGGAGAAGAGCUUCAUGGAGGGAAAAGAGUCAUGGAGUGCUUGAAGAAGGCCCUGAAGAUAGCAAACCAGUGCAUGGACCCUUCUCUCCAAGUCCAGCUUUUCAUAGAGAUUCUCAACAGAUACAUCUACUUUUACGAAAAGGAGAACGAGGCAGUGACAAUUCAGGUUUUGAAUCAGCUUAUACAAAAGAUCCAGGAAGACCUCCCCAACCUGGAAUCCACUGAGGAGACGGAACAGAUUAACAAACACUUUGACAACACGCUGAAGCAUCUGCGCCUUAGGAGGGAGUCUCCGGAAACUGAGGGACCAUUCUAUGAAGGGCUGGUCAUUUAAGAGGAGGCCUCUCGCACGCCGCUACUGUAAACGGAUCGGUGACCUUUCCAUUUGCAACACAGUACAUGAGGAUUUUUUUUAAUGAUGCUAGAGUUCAUAGAUUUGUGCCUUUGGGAAGUGCCAAGUUAGGCUUCUAUGUUCACCCUUCUUUUUUGCAUAAAUGUGCAAAGUGCUCGGUGCUGCGCUUCUGAACGCUGCCAUUCAAAAUUGUCCUGCCGUUUGGAUCAGCGGCCUUGGUAGGUUCCCAUCAGGACCUCAGCAUGAGUGAAGCCAUUUCCUUUAACAUUCACGUGCUGUGCAGCUGUCUCCCUUCCCCUCUUCUCCCCCUGCAUUCUAAUUUGUUUCUGUUCGGUGUCCCAAUGUCUAACCUGGCUUUCCAUCUGCAAGUGUUCUAGAUGUAUGUGUUGCUUUUAUUUUUACAGGAGGAAUCAAAGAACAUUUUCUUGUUAGGUUGGUUUCUGCUUCCUCGGUUUUUUUUAACUCAAGGUUAUUGCAGGUUCUCAGCUUCCCCACCCAAGACACACCCCUUCCCCCAGUAUAUUAGUGCAUGUUUUUGGAGUUUGAGAGCACCAUGCUCAGAAAAACAAAAUGAAAACCCAGAAGCGGUAUUUUACAUAUGGAAGCUCUGAUACUCAUCGAAGGGCCAGUAAUGUGCACGGGGCAUAUUUAUCAAGAAAUUUUCCUUCCACAUAGUAUUAAGACCAACAACAACACAGACCUAAUAGAUCGUGGUUUAUAUAGUCUAUGUAUAACCUGCAUUACUGUAAAAUUAGGGGAAACACAUUACACAGUUCUACUUUGUAUCAUGAGUUGCACCAGUGAAACAAUAAAGUUGUUAUUAACA